AUGACGGAUGAGGACCUCCUGCAAAAGGUCCACGGGCUAGGCGACCUGGGCCUGGCCGCGCUGCUCUGCCUCAUCAGCCGCGAGCACUGCAUCAUCAGCACCGAGCCGGCCUCUCUCGACGACCUGGCCGCCGAGCUGCAGCUCGUCGCCUCGCAGACCUUUGACCUGACCCCGAUCAUCGUCGGCUGCACGCCGCAGACCACGCUCGACGAGUUCGCCGCCGCCAUCCAGCUCCCGCAGCAGCCGAAUGCCAAUGCCAGCACGCCGCACUCGACGUCGCCGCUGCGCACGCGUGGUGCCGAUUCGUAUUUCCACGCCCACCCCCAUCACCAGAAUAAUAAUCAUGGCCAUGGAGGAAGUGGAGGCGGAAAUGGAAAUGGAAAUGGAGGCGGCAGCGGCGGCAACAGCAGCACACACCUGCAACACCACCACGCAACACCAUUACGAGCGCUCUCCCCGAUCUCGCCAUCCCUCAACACCCCCUCCUACGCAACACCCACACCGCAGAUCGCGCCCGUGGUCCUCGCCAAGAACCUCGACCGCGCGCCCAAGGCCGUGCAGAUCCAGGCGCUGGAGCUGCUGCGCACGCGGCGCAUCUUCACGCGCACGAGCGUGCAGACGUGUCCGAAGCAGUUCCUGUUCGUGGCCGUUUUAGGAGCCGGGGCGCGCCUCACGCCGCAUCUGAACGACUUCUUUUAUAUUGCGCACUGGCACGACCCUGAGGAUGGGUUCGCGCACUUGGAGGAGGAGGAGGAGGAGAGGGAGGGGGAAGAUGAGGGUGGUUAUGGCGGUGGGGGGCUUGGGGACGAGCAUGGAGACAGGGACGAUGCGGCGAGUCUGGAGAGCGGGAGCAGCGUCAUCCAUCGCCGGAGCCGGAAGCAGAGCGACGGCAGGCGGACGAGCACGGCGGGUAUGGGUACGCCUACGGCAGCGGACUGGACGCGGAAUCACGGUCACACCCAGAACCACAGCCACAAUCACAACAGCACCCACAAGCACCCAACCACACCCGGCCCUCCAGCAGCCGACGAACCGCCCAUCCCAACCCUCACCGAACCCGACAUAACCACCCUAUCCCACCUCUCCCAAACCAUCGCCGUCGACAUCGAAGUGCAGCGCUACCAAAUGAACAUAAUCAGCCACCUGCGCCUGCACCGCGCCGUAGCGCCAGGGGGCACCAGCGUGCCGCCCCUCGCGACGCACCACUUCUCGGCGCUCCUGCGCAGCCUGGCCGCGCUGCACGGGCUGGACUACGCGACGCCCGCGCUGGUCGGGCUCGCCGCGCGCAAGAUCUACCUGCACCGCAUCCGCGUCGUCGAGCCGCAGCGCGAGCGCAGCAUGCAGUGGGGCAGCGACCUGGCCGCCGUCGAGGCGCUGCUGCGGGAUGUCGGGCCCGAGGACGUCAUUGAGGACGUGCUGGGGUUGGUGGCGCCGCCGCUGUGA